UAAAUCUGAAGCUUACGAAGAAAGAUCUAAUUUUUAUUAACAUUUCUAAAAUGAGUCACAAGCUCUUAGCACUCUUCGCUUGCUUGGCUGUAGCGUCUGCAGCCAGUAUUCCAAAAGAAGCUGAUCUCCGGGAAGCUUUCGAAACCGACGAUGCCAUUUACAUUCCAAUCUCCAAUGAGGAAGCGACCCAGCUAAGGCUACCAAGAAGCGCUCCAAGGCUGGAUUUACCUGAAUCUUCUUUGGCAUAUAUUCCAGAUGUUGAGGAAGAAGCAAUUGAAGAACCUUCACCAAAUCAUGGUCGUGUACGUCGUAAUGUUGAGCAAGUUCUUGAAACCGAAGAGGCAUACUACGUUCCAGUAACCGAUGAGGAAGCUGAGCUUCUAAGAUUGCCCAGAAGUAUUGAUGAUCUCGCAUUAUCAGAAGAUGGAGAAGAUCAUGUAGAAAUUGUCACAGAUGAUGAAGUGCAACGUGCAAAAAGGCAACUGAAUAUUCAAGGAGGUGGAAGCCCUCAUUCUGGUUUUGAUCUUAAUGUGUAAGGUCGUGCGAGAAUUUGGGAAAGUAAUAAUGGACCCAACACUCUUCACGGUGCUGGUGAAUAUAGUCAACAUUUGGGUGGACCUUACGGAAAUAGCCGACCCAACUUUGGAGGUGGAUUACUUUUCACUCAUCGCUUCUAAAUGAUGUUCCAAUUAUAAAUUAUUAAUUUUGUGUGUAGUAA